GCUGCUUCUUCCUCCGAGCCGCCAGGUGUCGCUCGCGGCCCGCAGCGCCGCCCGCCGCCAUGAAGACGGCCUUCGUCACGGUGGGCACCACCAGCUUCGACGCUCUCGUCGCCGCCGUGACGGCCCCGGAGGCUCUGCAGGUUUUACAGGAUCUUGGCUACAGCCGACUAGUCCUUCAGAUUGGCCGGGGCGCAGUGGUUCCAGAUUUGGUCAGGGAACCUGCAUUUACCCAGGAAGUAUAUAGGUACAAGAACUCGCUGGUGAAAGAUAUUCAGGAAGCAGAUCUUGUCAUAAGUCAUGCAGGUGCAGGUAGCUGCCUGGAGGUGUUGGAAGCAGGGAAGCCAUUGCUGGUGGUUGUAAAUGACAACCUGAUGAACAAUCAUCAGCUGGAGCUGGCAAGACAGCUGCACAGGGAUGGACAUCUCUUUUACUGCACGUGCAGAACUCUCAUCCAGACUCUGCAGUCAAUGGACUUGUCAACUCUGAAGCCUUUCCCACCUGGGCAACCCGAAAAAUUUGCUGCCUUCUUGGACAAAGUCGUUGGGAUUAUUGUCCAGGAGACCUUCGGCCACCUGGUGGCAAAGCUGGCCGUCUCCCUGGCCGACCCAGAGGCUGGCAUCCGGGAGAAGGCCCGGGAGACCCUGGGCCAGCUCUCGCCAUGCUCCUCGUCCAGCGGGGGCCCCAAAGACCAGGUGCCCUUCCUGAGGGCAGUGUGCGGAGCCUGCAGGGCCCAGGGGAGGGGAAGGAAGAUGGUGCUGCCCUUCCUCAAGGAGGCUGUGGCAGAGGAGAUCAAGGACAUCAUGCUGGAUCCUUCUUUGGCGUCGAGGCCAAAUUCCUCCUGGCCAUGUGGGCCCAAAUUCCAGCCUCCCCGGAGCCCAGAACUGCAGAUGUCCAUCGUGGCCUGGGCCCUGGGGCUGGUCCUCAGUGGUACCCCAGGCCAUGAAACCACUGACAGCCAGCUCGGCCCGCGCCUGCGCGCUGCGGCCCCUCUCCAGGCGGAGGCUCGCGCGCCCAGGUGUGAAGCGCUCGAGGCGCAGCCGGGCUGCCUCCUGCUGCUGCUGCUGCUGCUGCUGGGCGUCGUCGCCGAGCCGAAGGGAAGCCGAGCGGGGGGUUGGGGGGCCGCUUUCCCUUCUCUCUCCCCCACGAUGCAGAAAGGCUGGAAGAAGUACUUCGGGCAGAAGUCCCUGAGCGAGGUGACCAUGGACGAGUACCUGGGCAGCCUGGGGCUCUAUCGCAAGCUCACGGCCAAAGACGCCUCGUGCCUCUUUCGCGCCGUUUCCGAGCAGGUAUAUGCUUGCCAGAUUCAUCAUAUGGCCGUCAGGCAAGCUUGUGUUUCAUUCCUGCGGAAAAACCAAUCUAACUUUGAAUCUUAUGUGGAAGGGUCCUUUGAAAAAUACCUGGAACGGCUUGGAGACCCCAAGGAAAGUGCUGGACUUCCUGAAAUCAGAGCCUUCUCGCUGAUCUAUAAUCGAGACUUCAUUCUCUAUCGACACCCCGGAAAGCCACCUUCCUAUGCUACAGACAACGGUUUUGAAGAUAAGAUUCUGCUGUGUUGUUCUAGUAACGGCCAUUAUGAUUCCGUGUACACCAAACAGUUUCAGGCAAAUGCUGCAAUUUGCCAGGCGGUGCUGUACGAGAUCCUGUACAAAAACGUGUUCCAUGUGCCUGAAGAGGAGCUGAGGACUGCAGUUGAGAUGUUUCGAAGCGGAGCCAAGAAAAACAGAAAUAGUACAUCUGUUGGAAGCGAAGAUGCCAAUUUUGACUGCCUUCUGGAGAGAUCAAACAAGAAUUUUUCAGAAAAGAGGGUGGAAGACUGGGAAAACUAUGAAUUGGUUACCCUGCCGGCAGAAAAAUGCAAGCAAGGUGCUGAAGAAGCGAAGCCUUCUGAAAACCCAAAGAUGCCCUUUCCUUACAAGGUGCUGAAAGCCCUGGACCCUGAGAUCUACCGGAACAUAGAAUUUGAUGUGUGGUUAGACAGCAGAAAAGAACUGCAAAAAACAGAUUAUUUGGUGUUCGCUGGAAGACAGUAUUACUUAGGCGACAAGUGUCAGGUACGCCUAGAGACUGGGGGGAAAUAUUACAAUGCCCACAUACAGGAUGUUGGGCAGGAUACUAUGGUAACGGUCUUCAUCGAGGAGCUGGCAGAGAAGCAUGUUGUUCCGUUGGUGAAUUUGAAGCCUGUGACGCAAGUCACCCCAGUGCCUGCUUGGAAUGUGGUUCCUAGUCGGAAAGGAGGAAACUAUCAGAAAAUAUCAGAUAUGGAUAUAAAAUCACGGAAGAAGCUGUUUAAAAAAGUCCGUGGGAAAGAAGUCUACAUGACGGUGGCGUACAGCAGGGGUCAGCCCGUCCUUCCUCCCCGCCUACAUCACGGCAUUCCAGCAGGACGAUCGACUCCAAUUCAUUGCUCUCAAAAUGGAGGGCAUAUGGCUCCUUACGAACAUUACCACCCUCAGAAUCCCCAGAGGUCUGGCAGGGGGUACGGAAUGCCCAGGUGGGGAGCAGACCGGUUUAUAAACAGAAGCAACAUGGUCGGGCCAGAAAUGGCAUAUGCCAAUCCAGGCAAGAGAUACUAUCACAGCUACGAUAAUUUCUCUUACAGAUCUCGGUCAUACAGCCGCAGUCGCCGGCAGAUGCAGUGUGUAAACAAAGAAUGCCAGUACGGGUUUGCGGCUGAGAAUGGUGAGGAACCUCAAGGCUUGGAAGAAACCAUCACCUUCUAUGAAAUUGAAGAAGGAGAUGACACGACUUUUCCCGUUCCACCUAAUCAGGGCAACCCGCCUCCAAUAGUUUCUGAUCCUGCUGGAUUCUGGGUAGCCAGAAGGGGUCCAACUCCCAUCCCGUCUAACAAGCCGGCUCUGAAUUCCUCUGAGGAAGAAGUGGAUGAGCCCAGCGACAAUGGGGAAUAUCACGAGGAGUACUUGUAUAGCCCCCCAGAUCCGGACUGUGAUACCCCAACUGUAUUUACUACAGCUGAAGCUGUAACAAACUUGGAUGGGGGAACAGGUUCUGUCUCUUCUCAAGAAGGAGUUGCUUCGUACAGUUACUCCCAGAAGGUCAUGCUGAAUUCUGCCGUCAUCUCAAACUCUUCUUGUGACAACCAGGCUCCAAGCGCUGCCUUUCCUUCCAGCCUGCCCGCUACCUCUCAAGUCAGUGGGGCCGCCUCUCCCCCCCAGAAUGGAGUGCAGCCCAUCUUGGUGUCCCCUUCGACCAUGGGAAGACCAGUUGUGAUCCCUUCAGUACCGUACCCGUAUCAGUCGGCUCCCCUUCCUCCUGGCAGCGAUGUGGGGGACAGCGGAGGUGUUACUCCUCCUUAUUCCUGCGAUCCUAGUGGGGGUGACCUUCCUAGAGAUCCAAAGAUUGUGCAGUAUUAUUUCAAUUUGGGUUUGCAGUAUUACCACCAGACCUGUUGGAACCCAAUGAUGUAUGUGCAGCCAGUGCCACCGUCCCCACACAUGGAGGCUUACCAGGCAUACACAGAGCCUGUCCCUGUCAUGGAUCAUUCGAUGGCACCAGCGUACCCUGAAACCGGGAGGAACGACGUGCGCCAGAUGCCCACGGAUGCCUCGGCAAAUGGUACGUUAUCCAUUGGAGACCCACCUCCUCCCCACGGUACAGUUUAUUAUCCGGUGGUAACAGAUGCCUACAGCCAGCCGCCUCCACCUGGUUUUGACACGUGUGUCCCCUUGGCUCCUGCCUACCACUACGUUAGCCCCUGGUAUCCGGUAAAUCUGCCCUACGGAAAUUCUUCACGAAUCCACAAUGCUGCGAAUCCAGCCCAUUUCCAUCAAGUCAGCUACAUUACCUCGUCAAGUCCUGCACCGCAUUAUGUAGCUCAAAGUAUGUAGAACAGAGAGAAUUGAAUCACUGAAGAAUUCCUGGUUUAUCUGUUUGUUUCCCCCCACCUUAAUUAUUUCCUUCACAAGAUGCUUUGGUUUGUUUUUCCACUUUUUUUGAAACAUAAAUGUUGAUUUGUAAGUGGCGGGGGUGUGCGUUUAAUAUUUUACUAGCAUGUAUGUAGGACACUGUGUGACAUUCAGGUUAUAUGUGUGAUAGCUAAUUGCUGCUGAAGCAGAACCACUUUUGUGGUUUUCCCAAGAGUCAGAUAUCAAAAGGGUUGCAUGGCAUGUUGUCUUAAUCCAAAAUAUUUUGAGAUUAUGCAAAACUGAUUGCUUUUUGCAUUCGGGCAGUUUAAUUAUAAUUCUGGUACGUCUCUCCCUCUGCCCCUUUCAGUGAGAAAACAGAAGAUUCUUGGGGUUCUGAGGACAGUAAUUUCUGUAUUCUCCCAGCACUUUCUAAACUUUCCAGGUGUAAGCCACCUAGCAUAUGACUCUGUAGAACAUUCUCUUGUUUUAGUGUGGCCUUUUUUUGAAGUGGGGGGGGGAUGUCUUUGGCUGCUAAAGUCUGUCAUCUGUGUGACAUUCAAUUUAUAAAAGACACUUUUGCACUGAUGGUUUCUAUGGAACGGUUGGGGUUUAACUGGACACAAACUGCACUCAAUAAAAACAAAUUGACACCUUA